AUGGAAGUUGCCAAAGAUCACCAAAUCAUGAUUGAUAAUCACGAAACAAAAACCCUCCUCCAACUGCCAGUAUACUUUUAUGGUAUGACUCAUUUCGUAUCUUGUUGUAAUGGUCUAGUUUGUUUUGCCAAUCAUGAUUCUCGUAUUAUAUUUUUGGGGAAUCCGAUGACUAGGCGAUUCAAGAAACUUCCUACUCCUCAGAAAAAAUCUGUAAUACCUGAUUGGUGUAAGAUAGGGUUUGGUUUCGAUGAUGUUUCUCGUGAUUACAAGAUUAUUAGAUUUGUUUCUGACCGUAAAGAUACUGGUUAUAGUAUCGAAGCUGAGAUGUAUUCUGCGGAUGUAGAUUCUUGGAAAGAGAUUAGGGUGCCUUUUGACCCAGAGACAUUUCAGUUUGCUAGUCACGGAGGAGGAGGUGUAUUUCGUCCUGAUCAAAGCAGGGUUUUGUAUUUUGAAGGAUCUCGUGAGGUACUAUCGUUUGACUUGCAUGAUGAAGUGUUUAGAGUGCAUCCGUUUCCCAGACCUGCAAAGUUACCAUUGCAAGGCGAACCAAAGUCUUAUCUUCUGGAAUCUGAAGGGUCUGUUGCAAUGAUCUGUGAUGAAUCUAGUGGUGAUGGUAAAACAGUUCGUAGUCUAUGGACAUUGGACAGGGAUGGUGGCAAUUGGACUAAAAAAUUUAAUUUUGAGGAUCAUUUAAAGUAUAAUCAUGUAAUUCUAUAUCUAGGUGAUGGACAGUUUGUUGUUGCUGCAGAAAGUUAUGGUUAUGGCCGUCGACCUAUCUUCUACUACUACAAGAAGGGAAAUGCCAGAGAGUAUCUUGGAGCAUCCCCCGCCAGACAGCUUACUUCAGUUGUGAUUACCUUAAAGGGUUUAAACAACUAA